CACUUUCAACUUUCAAGUCGUCAUCGUCUCUCUCUCUCUCUUCGCUCUCCCCGUUCUUGAGACUCUCGAUUUCUUCUUCAGAUCUGUCGACUCUUCCUUUUCUUGAAUCUUCUCCAGAAUCUAUGCUUACAUAGACAUCGCUGUAUCUUUCGAUUCCACAAGCCCUAGCUCCGGCGAUCUUGAAUCUGCUAAAUCCAUGGCGUCUUCGCCUGGUAACACUAACACUCACAAUCCUCCUCCGUUCGAUACCAGUAAUUUCUUCAAACCCCCUCCAAACCUUUUUCCUACGCCCCCGGCUUCUUAUCCUCCACCUACGGGGCCUUUCCUCCACAACCAGUACCACCACCAGCUCUACAUGCCUCCGGGUAUCGCCGGCCAACUGUCUCCGGCGGCACAGACUCAACAGCAGCAAGAUGCGCCUCUGGCUUCCCCCUCCGCCACCGCUGCUAAUCUUCACCCGCAGAGAUCGCUUUCUUAUCCUAGGCCACCUCUCAACCUCCAACCGCCCCGAGCGAACCUCAACCCAGGCACGCACAUCCUCUCUCUCCUCAACAAUAACAAUGGCGGAAGCGGCAACAACGGCGCCACUGCCAAUCAAGAUCCGUCGCUUCAGCACCCGGGGCUGCAACCCCACGAGAUCACGCGGCCGUUCCCGGGCGGUCCGGUUCCUAUCCGUGCCCAGAGCUGUAAGCUGCCCAAAGGAAGGCGCAUGGUCGGCGAGCAUGUGGUGUACGACGUGAACGUAAGAUUGCAGGGAGAGAUUCAACCUCAACUCGAGGUGACUCCGAUUACCAAAUACGGGUCCGAUCCCCAGCUUAUAGUCGGUCGACAAAUCGCGGUGAAUAAGGUCUAUAUAUGCUACGGUCUGAAGGGAGGGAACAUUCGGGUUCUCAACAUAAACACCGCAUUGAGAUCUUUGUUCCGCGGCCAUACUCAGAGAGUAACGGACAUGGCAUUCUUUGGCGAGGAUGUCCAUCUGUUGGCUAGUGUUAGUCUGGAGGGAAAAGUUUUUGUAUGGAAAAUUUCUGAAGGGUCAGAGGGAGAGGAUCAGCCCCAGAUAACUGGAGAAAUAGUUCUUGGUGUUCAGAUAUUAGGGGAGGAGGAUGCAAAACAUCCACGUGUGUGUUGGCACUGUCACAAGCAGGAAAUUUUGGUUGUUUCAAUUGGAAAACACGUGUUACGGAUUGAUACUACCAAAGUUGGCAAGGAUGAAGUAUAUUCAGCGGAGGCUCCACUUCAGUGUCCCCUUGAUAAGCCUAUUGAUGGCAUCCAGAUUGUUGGUAAUCAUGAUGGAGAAGUUACUGAUGUGUCAAUGUCCCAGUGGAUGAAAACUCGCUUGGUUUCUUCUUCAGUGGAUGGCACGAUUAAGAUAUGGGAAGACCGUAAGGCACAACCACUUGCAGUUUUAAGACCGCAUGAUGGUCAUCCAGUCAGUUCAGCAACAUUCCUUGUAGCUCCCGAGAGACCUGAUCACAUCAUACUUAUCACGGGGGGUCCUCUAAACCGAGAAAUGAAAAUUUGGGUAUCAGCUGGUGAAGAAGGGUGGCUCCUACCUAUGGACGCUGAAUCAUGGAAGUGCACCCAGACACUUGACCUAAAGAGUUCAGCUGAGCCACGAGCUGAAGAGGCGUUUUUCAACCAAGUCGUAGCAUUGCCUCAAGCAGGCUUACUUCUACUUGCAAAUGCAAAAAGGAACGCCAUUUAUGCUGUGCACUUGGACUAUGGUUCUUGUCCAGUUGAGACAAGGAUGGAUUACUUGGCAGAAUUUACAGUCACUAUGCCUAUAUUGAGUUUUACAGGGACAAAUGAUCCUCCUGAUGAGCAUAUUGUCAAGGUUUACUGUGUUCAGACUCAAGCUAUCCAACAAUAUACUUUAGACUUAUGCCAGUGCUUGCCACCUCCUAUAGAGAAUGUGGGUUUGGAGAAGUCAGAUUCAAGUGUCUCGCGGGAGGUGAAUCCUGCUGAUGGUACAUCAGACGCAGCUGGACAAAAGCUUACAGAACUCUCUUCAGUGGACUCAAUGCCCAAACCUGUUCAAGUAAGUAGAUCGGACAGUGUAAAUGCUAUUAGGUUUGCAGGGAGCUCUGCAUCACUGGAGACCACACCACAAGAAGUCGUUCCAACCAAUAGUGAACCUAAAACGUAUGGUCUUCCAUCUGCUACCAGUGAUACUGAUAUUGGGUAUGCUCCUUACCCACCACUUCCUCUAAGUCCUAGGCUGUCACAGAAACUUUCUGGUUAUUGUGCUCCAGGAAAUACCUUCGAGCCAGCACUAUCUCAGGGUGACAUUCGUGAAAAACCAUCAGCCACUGAUUAUUCCGUUGACAGACAAAUGGAAGUUGGUCGAAAAAGUUUGUCGGAUGUGUCUUCUGUAGAUGAUGGUUCAAGGAGUGAUGAAAAGAAGGUCACACUUGAUGAUCUAUCUGUGAUUCGAAGCCCACCUGUUGUGUUCAAACACCCCACUCAUCUUGUAACUCCUUCAGAGAUAUUGAUGGGUGUUUCAUCUGCUGAAGCCACCAGUACUACUGAAGGCAAGAGAGAUAAAGACGCAAGUCUUCAGGAUGUUGUGAAUACUGAUGUGGGUAGCUCAGAGGUGGAGGUUAAUGAAGUAGGUGAAGCGAGAUCAUCUCAGAAUGAUGAAAUUAACUAUCGCGAUGAAACUGAUGACCGUGUUUCAGAAAAUAGACAAAAAACUUUCUGUUCCCAGGCCUCAAAUCUCAGCACUGAGAUGGCAAGGGACUGUCAUGCUGUUAUGGAGGAGAGUUAUGCUCCCGAGGAAUCAAAGACACAUGGCCAGUCUUCAGAAGCUGUGGAGGAAGGAGGUCUUGACUCAGGAGGUGCAUCUCGAAAGCUUCCUGAGGUUUCACAAAAUACGCUUCCACAGCCAGCAGCUUCUAACAAAGGGAAGAAACAGAGGGCUAAAAGUCCACAGGGUUGUGGUUUGUUGUCUACAUCAUCAAAUGCUGACUCUUAUAAUGAAGGUCGAAACUCAAGUCUUCCAACUUCUGAGUCUCUACUGCCUCAAUUCCUGGCUAUGCAAGAGACAAUUAGUCAGGUAAUGGCUUCACAGAAGGAGAUGCAGAGACAACUAUCGAAUGCUGUCAAUGGUCCUAUCACUAAAGAAGGUAAAAGACUAGAAGUAGCUUUAGGAAGAAUGAUAGAGAAAGUCACCAAAGCGAACAGCGAUGCUUUAUGGGCUCAUUUUCGAGAGGAGACGGCUAAAAAUGACAAAACAUUGUGUGACCACACACAGCAAAUGGUGAAUACUAUGACGAACUUCAUGAGCAAAGAAUUGAAUUCUGUGUUUGAGAAAGUGGUGAAGAAAGAAUUUGCUGCAAUCGGACCGGCUAUAACCCGUGCAGUAACACCUGCUAUUGAGAAAACAGUAUCGUCAGCAAUCACCGAGUCCUUCCAGAGGGGAAUUGGUGAUAAGGCAAUCAAUCAGCUCGACAAAUCUGUUAAUUCAAAACUUGAAGCGACUGUAGCCAGACAAAUUCAAGCGCAAUUUCAGACCACUGGCAGGCAAGCCCUCCAGGUUGGUGAGGCUCUCAGAUCGAGUCUGGAGGGUUCAGUUAUCCCUGCCUUUGAGAUGUCAUGCAAGACCAUGUUUGAGCAAGUAGACGCAACCUUCCAGAAAGGCAUUGCUGAGCUCACAAGUGCUGCCCAGCAACAGUUUGAAGCUUCACAUUCUCAGCUUGCUCAUACUUUAAGGGAAACCAUUAACUCUGCAUCGUCAGUUGCACGGACGCUGACUUGUGAAUUAUCCGAUGGUCAGAGGAAACUGAUCGCUCUUGCAGCUGCUGGAGCAAACCCGAGUGGAUCAAAUCCCUUGGUCACUCAACUAAGCAGCGGACCUUUGGGUCCCCUCCUUGAAAAGGUGGAGGCACCUUUGGACCCAACAAAGGAAUUAUCUGGGCUGGUAUCAGAGCGCAAAUACGAGGAAGCUUUCACCUCUGCUCUACAGAGGAGUGAUGUAUCUAUAGUCUCCUGGCUAUGCUCGCAGGUGGAUGUACACGGACUGCUGAGGAUGGAGCCGCUUCCGUUGAGCCAAGGGGUACUGCUGUCACUGCUGCAGCAGCUGGCGUGUGACAUAAACAAGGAGACGACGAGAAAGCUGGGGUGGAUGACUGACGUGUUGGCAGCCAUAAACCCUUCUGACCAGAUGAUUGCCCUUCACGCCCGACCCAUCCUGGAGCAGGUCUACCAGAUCCUCCACCACCACCACCACCGCUCCGCUCCUGACCAAUCCUCCAUCCGCUUUAUCAUGCACGUCAUCAACUCCAUGCUCAUGAGCUGUAAAUGAUUGUAACGUCAACACCUCUCUCUCCUGCAUUACACAUGCUUUUGUGUCUUUGUUUGCCUUCAUAUCUGCAUCAGUGAUCACAUAGGAAUACCUUUUUUUUUGUGUUUUCUUUUUCUUUCUUCUUCCCAAUUUUGGCUUUAAAUGUAAAAUCUGACGGAGUCUCCUUCUUAUAUAUUCCUCUGGGAAACGGAUAUUUCGGGUAAAACCAAACAGAAACAAGACAAAGAUGUCUGUUCAUCUUCUCUUCCUUUUGAGGAGGAGAAGCCGAGCUGGUCUGUCUCUGUCCAUAUCCCAUUUUCUACCA